CUGGAGGGACGGAGUAUGGUGGGAGAAACCGCCCAGCACCACAGGAAGUAUACGGAGUACUUUGUUACAUUUCAGACGCUUCCGCAUCGCAAUUGCCGCACAACGGUCCAUCCCAUUGGAGUCUUCCCGGCAUCGACUCCGAGGGGGUGGAGUGGCCGCUUCAACGUGCCGAGACGGCCAAAAACCAUGUCGACGACACGUUCUGAUCGUCUUGAACAUCAUCCCGCAUAUCACGUAGGGCGACCACGAGGCUGACGCAUCUUUGACCAAAGCACAGUCGCGCACAUUUCCCCUUGCCUGUAUACUACACGAAAGACAGACUGCACGGACCAAGUGAAACAGAGAAUCAAUCACCAGAGACCACACGAGCCAGGAGAUCAAUCUCGUCGACAAGAUGGCUUCCCCUCAAGAUACCGUUGCGUUUAUUGGCAUCGGCGUCAUGGGCUACUCCAUGGCCGUCAACUUGCGCGCCAAACUCCCCUCCACCACAACCCUCCUGAUUUGCGACGUCUCAGACGCGGCCCUGAAGAAAUUCCAGACCGAGAACUCCUCCAAAGGCCCCAUUGAGGUGGUGUCGAACGGCUUCGAGGCCAUUAAGCGCGCCAACACCCUGAUAACCAUGCUGCCCACCGCGGCGUCGGUAGAGAAAGUGUACCUGGACCCGCAGACGGGGGUGAUCCAGGGCGCGAUCGAGGCCUCCAAGAACGGCAACCCCCAGAAGAAGCUGAUAAUGGAGUGCGGCACGAUCGAGACGGCUACCAUCCUUAAAGUCGCGGCCGCCACGAAGGAGGCCGCCCCGAAGCUCGCCUCGGGAGCGACCCUCGACUUCGUCGACGCGCCCGUCAGCGGCGGGCCCAUGGGCGCCGAGGCGGGGACCUUGUGCUUCAUGGUCGGCGCCAUGACCAAGGACGCCUUCGAGCGAGCCAAGGAGUACCUCCAACACAUGGGCAAGAAGGACAGCAUAUUCCACUGCGGCGACGUCGGCGCAGGCACCGCCUUCAAAGUCAUCAACAACUACCUGUCCGCCAUCACCAGCCUCGCCGCGAGCGAAGCGCUCAACAUCGGCGCCAAGAUGGGCCUGGACCUCAAACUGCUCACCGACGUCAUCAACGUCAGCGGCGGACAGUGCUGGGUCACGUCGCAGUCCAACCCCGUGCCCGGGAUCCACGCCAACGCCCCCGCGAGUCGCGGCUACGAGGGCGGCUUCCGGAUCGAACUGUGCAAGCACGUGCUGGAGAUGGGCUCGUCGCUGGCCGAAAUGGUUGGCGCGAGGACCAUCCUGGAUAAACCCACCUUGGGGGCCUUCGACGAGGCCAUGGCCGACCAGAGGUACAAGGGCAAAGACGCCCGCGUGGUUUACAAGUGGUUGAACGACCAGGGGCGGUCAGAAAAGGAGGUCAACGGAGACAAGAAAUGAGGCCCCGCGGGGGGGAGGGACACUCAGGGAGAAUAAGAACGAGCAGAAUUAGCCGGAAUAGAAAGUGUCACGCC